UAAACUAUGAAUAUUCUUAUCAUCCUGUUGGCUAUUUUUGCAUUGGCAUAUCAAGUAUCCUCUCACUCGAGUUCUUCUUCUUCCGAAUCAAAUGAACAUCAUCACCGUCGUCAUCGCAGACCGAAGUUUGACCACCAAUUUCAUGGAUAUCACGGAGGACAUGAUGUUUAUCACGGAGAUCAUCACGGAUAUAACAAUGGAUAUCAUGGAGGAUAUCAAGAAGGAUUUCACAGUGGUUAUAAUGUGAAUCACGGAGAAAUUAGCGGACAGCAAAGUGGAUUCAACUAUCAGCAAAAUCACUGGGGAAACAAUGGAGGAUGGAAUCGAGUUUAGAUGACAUCGGCUAAUUAUUAUUAUUGCAAAACUAAUACAAUUUUCAAAUAAAUUAUU